AUGCAAUCGAUUGAUCUGGAACUCGAAGGUGGAAGGUUGCAAAAGGAGCUCACCUACGCGUCGGAAGUGCUCGGCGAGACAACCGCCUCGACUCACCAGCUCGUCAUCCAGACGCCGAGGCAUUCCGGGGCGAAUAUCCUGCACCCGGCCGCGCUUAGGGAACACUUGGCAGUGCUGGAGGCUGCGUUGGAUAUAGAGGUGCACCUGUUCGAUAUCACGUGGAAGCUGAAGGACUUGUGUUACGCGCCGAGCAUACCCAACUUCGACAUGCACUACAUCGAUCAGAUCUUCGAAAGUAUUAUACCUUGCGCCAUCAUCACCCCGCUCGAUUGCUUCUGGGAGGGUAGUAAACUCUUGGGCCCGGAGUUUCCCGUUCACAUACCCGGUGUGAAGAACAACAGACGCGUUAAGUGGACGAAUCUCAGUCCCUCGACAUUGUUGGACGAGAUACAGGUCUUGGUUGAGUCCAGCAAGUUUCCGUUUAAAACGCUCGAGGAUUACAUGAGGAGGGCCGGGAUAACGAACGGCUAUCAGGGCAAGCCCUGCCUGAAUCCGGAGGAUCCAGAAUGCCCGGAAACCGCACCUAACAAACUAUCGAAAAAGGUACCUGACAUAGGGGUCGAACUGACAGGUGGCUGCUAUGGAUUCGCGGCCAAAUACAUGCACUGGCCGGAGGAGCUGGUGGUCGGCGGCGCCAAGCACAACAAGACGGGCCACUUGACUCGCGCGGCCGCGCUGCAGACCGUGGUGCAGCUGAUGGGCGAACGCGAGCUGUACGAUUUCCUGGCGAACACCUACAGGGUCCACCAUAUCGACUGGACGCAGGAGAAGGCGGUUAAGGUUCUGGAAACCUGGCAGAGGAUGUUCAGCAAUGAGGUGAAGAAACUGGUGGAGGUCAACGGGUCGGCGCCGUACAAUCUGUACGCUUUCAGCACAACCACCAUGAAUGACAUCCUCGGGAAGUACAGCGAGGUGUCCGUCAUGAAGAUCGCGAUCGGUGGCGUACUCAUGGUUAGAAAUAGCUCCAUAAUUAACGAUUUGCUUUAUGCCGGCGUAGCCCUCUUUCGUUGGAAGGAUCCGGUGCGUUCGCAGUCCGGGGUGGGAAUGGCCGGCGUGAUGCUGAUCUGCGCCACAAUAGCCGCAGGACUGGGCUUCUGCGCGCUUCUAGGGAUCUCGUUUAAUGCCACCACGACACAGAUAGUGCCGUUUCUCGCCCUCGGUCUGGCCGUACACGACAUGUUCCUGCUGACGCAUACGUAUGCCGAAUUAUCGGUAAACGAGGUACCCAGCAGUGAACAAACGGGAGUCGUUCUCAAGCGAACCGGCCUGUCGGUGCUGCUGACAGGCCUCACCAACGUCGCUGCCUUCUUCGCAGCGGCGAUAAUCCCGAUCCCGGCCCUCCGAACGUUCUGCAUACAAGCUGGUAUUUUGCUGCUGUUCAAUUUGGCCGCUAUGCUGCUGAUAUUCCCCGCGAUGGUCAGCCUGGAUUUACGGCGUAGACGUUCCGGCAGGAAGGACAUUCUCUGCUGCUGCUUGCCGGCGCCCAAUCUCGGGAAAAAUAAAUACUCCGUGAAAAGCAACGGUACGGUCAAGCAGACAGUUACCAGGGCGAUACCGCCUGAGAGACGGGAGACCUGUACGCAGAUCUUAACGCCACAGAAUACGCAGAACGAAUCCUGGAUAGGUGGAAAUAUUAUCGACGCGGAACUGGAUAAACAGUGCACCGAGGAGGACGCGCUAACCGGCUGUUCGCAAGAUGAUUGUCUGAGCUUUUCUCUGACGCAGCUCGCGUCUCGGCAUUACGCACCCUUUAUCAAUCGACCGGCUACCAAAGUGUUCGGCAUGAUAAUCCUGAUUGUCGUGCUGGCUGGCAGCAUAUGGGAGGCGAUACGCCUACGUGACGGCCUAGAUUUGACCGACCUGGUGCCGCAGAACUCAAACGAGCACGCGUUUCUGUCGGCCCAGGCGAAACAUUUCGGCUUCUACAGCAUGUACGCGGUCACCGGCCGAGAUUUUGAGUAUCCGAAUAAUCAGCGAUUGUUAUACGAGUAUCACGACGCCUUCAUGCGGAUCAAGAACGUCAUCAAGAACGACAAUGGUGGUCUGCCCGAGUUUUGGCUUGGUAUGUUCCGCGAUUGGCUGAAGGGUCUGCAGACGGCAUUCGACAAGGACUACGAAAACGGCUGCAUCACCCAGGAAAGAUGGUUCUCGAACGCCAGCGACGAGGCAAUCCUGGCGUACAAACUGCUCGUGCAGACCGGUUAUGUUGACAAUCCAAUCGACAAAACGCUGAUUACUGAGGUGCGACUGGUCGAUUCGGAGGGUAUCAUCAAUCCACGCGCCUUCUAUAACUACUUGAGUGCAUGGGCGUCCAACGACGCGCUAGCUUACGGUGCUUCGCAGGGGAAUCUGAGACCCGAGCCACGCCAGUGGAUCUACAUUAAUGAUCACGAGCUCAAGAUCCCUAAGAGCAUGCCGCUUACCUACGCACAAAUGCCAUUUUACUUGCACAGGCUCACGGAUACGCAAGAUAUCACACAGCUGAUCGGUAGUGUCCGGGAAUUAUGCAAGAAGUUUGAAGAACGCGGUUUGUCGAAUUUCCCGUCCGGCAUACUGUUCCUUUUUUGGGAACAAUAUAUGAAUCUGAGGAGCUCCAUGGGCAUUGCUCUUCUAGCUGCAUGGGGUGUGAGCAUCGUGGUGAUCGGAUUUCUCCUGUUGAAUAUAUGGGCCGCCGUACUGGUCGGCAUCUCUCUUCUCAGUGUUAUCGCACAACUACUAGGCAUCAUGAGCCUGCUCGACAUCAAACUGAGCGCGGUGCCUGCCGUACUGCUAGUGGUUAGUGUGGGCAUAGCUGUUCAUUUUACGGUGCACAUCUGUCUGAGUUUUGUUACCAGUGUAGGCAGCAGAGACCGCAGGAUGCGGUUAGCUCUGAAACACAUGUUUGCUCCGGUUAUCCAUAGUGCACUCACUUCGCUGCUCGCUGUGAUCAUGCUGGCUUUUUCGGAGUUCAAUUUCAUAGUCAAUUAUUUUUUCCUUGUAUUACUCUGCGUGAUCGCCAUCAGCCUUGUGAAUGGCGUCUUCUUCUUCCCUAUUCUCUUGUCUCUGAUCGGCCCGUCGGCGGAAGUAAUUCCCAACGAUCAUCCGGAUCGUAUAUCCACGCCAACACCGCCGGCGUCGCCCGUCGUGAGAAGAUCCAAGCUGCCCACACCGCCGAGGAGAUCUCACAAAAUCGACAAUGCCCGGCUGCAUGCCGAGCCAUCGCUCACGACUAUCAGCGAGGAGCCUAACUCGUGGCACAGCACGCAAGAAUCCUGUAUUAUUGUCCAGCCGGAACUCAAGGUGGAGACCACGUCCACAUGUGGCAAUCAGAACUGUAGCGGUUCGGAUACGAGUGGGUCUAGUCGAACGUCGCCGGUUCCGCCCACGUCGCACAUCACCACUAAGGUCACCGCAACGGCGAACAUCAAGGUCGAAGUUCACACACCGUUGGCUGGUGGAAUGGAUCGUGAAAAAUGCCGGCACUCGGGCAGCAGUAGUCGAAGGAGCUCGCGCUGCAGUGCGAACAUUAAUGCUGGGGAGUCUUCCGGUUCCAGUUCUGAGCCAGAUUCAGACUCUAACGCAAAACAUUAAUAACAAGUACCGGGGGGACCGGCAGCUACUGCUCAAGUACCACGCAAAGCGGGGAAACACAGAAGGCUGACUAGGAUAGAUUAAUAGAUUUUCCAUUAUACCUCUUCCUGUUUUUUCUUCCUCUUUCCUCUCCCCCUCCCUUAUCCUUAGCACCCUAUUCUUCUGUUCUACUCUUUGUCUCAAGCGAAUAAUGUAACAUGAGUUGUCCUUACUCGGAUUUUUAAAAACGAAACAUAACAUAAAUUGCAUUUUUAUAUAUGUAUGUACGUGAAUAUUUUCGGAAAUAAUUUUGUUGCGUUUUUUAUCUUGUGUUUUGUGCAUCGAAUUUUUUAAGUCUUAAAUAGACUUUCUUUGUGAGAACCAACAUUGUAUUUACUUAAUUGAAAUUUAAUAUUAGGAGCGGACUAUGUUUACAUUUUUGACAAAUAUUAAUGCGUGAAUU